AUGGCCCACUUGCAAAAAUCUUCACCGUCAAAGUCUUCCCGACCUUCGCCAACCAACAUCCCGGCCCCGGUUCCGAUAAGGCCUUAUGGCGGCAGCUCGUGGCAGGGAUCACGACCUGAUUCAGACAGCACACCAGCUGCACCAAAAGGAUCUGCUCUUCCCAACUACAUCUCUUUGCGAACCACGGCCUCACCGGUCUCGACCUCUACAAAGCCAUUUCCACCUAAGGAGUCUCCAAGUCCUUCUGCAAGCCCAUCCCCGACUCCUCAUCCACAGCAGUCGUCAGGAUUUAAAAUCCGUAUUCCACGGGACCUUCCCAACAUCCCAGAUAUCUUCCGCAACCCAGACUCUGCCCGGUCAAAGUCCUCUGCAUCUCCUAGAAGCAAGAGCAGCACUCCAUAUUCACCUGCAACCUCACCUAAUCAGCACUCAACUUCGGUUGAUGCCGAGCCUGUAUACCAGCAAAGUCUUGCGUUGACCAUUCAGCCAGUGGACAACUCAAAGCGAACACAUAGUGAGAUGCUCUCGGGAGAGACUGCCCCUACCAAAAACUUCCCCAUUUUUGACCAGCGAAAGAAUGCAGGCAAGAAGAUUAAGACCGACCGCAGCACACCCAGUCCCUCUGUCCCUGUGACGCCCAGCCCCUCGGUAUCGAAGCCAGUGGUCCCUCGAGCAUCGCGGUCAAUGUCGCGGUCAAAUUCGAGCCAAAGUCUGUCGUCAGGAGCCCCUCCAUCGCCGAGAAAGUCGCCUUCGAAGCGGAAUGCGACUAAAACGAGCGCCCCACAGACAAAUUCGGACUUGCCUCCAAUCAAGCUGAUUUUUGCCGCGGAUACUGCAGGUCCAGUUGUCCCAGAUGCGGUUGUCAAGGAGGAGUCUACGGACGUUACGAUGGCAGCCGCAUCCCCGCUGAAAAGACACCGCAGCAGAUCAUACACAAAAUCCAGCUCGCCUGCGCCUGCGCCUGCCCCAACUGCGGUUCGACUCCCCACACCAAUGUUCAUAAACGGUGGAACAAGCAUAGGAUCGUUCGAGGCAAACCACACUGCCUCAUCACGAGUGCCAUCAACAUUCAAGGCCACCACUUCCUGUCCGUUUUCUACGCAGCCUUCGGUCGGCACAGCGCCGUCUACAUCCCACGAUUCACCAUCGCGUUCCUUGGUUGAAGCCACGCCUUCGACAUCUCACCAUUCAUCAUCGCGUCCCUUGGUCGAAGCCACGUCGUCCUCCACAUCUUCAUCUGGCAAUGAGUCAUCUGCUCCUCCAGCCUCGAACGACCCUAGUAGUGACGACCGGUCAGUCCAGCUCCCGAAGAAUCUGGCCCCUGCCGGAUCGUCGAGUGAUGUUCAUGUCACAAACUCACCGCCCCCGCCUCCCGCGUCCAUUGCUGAUGCGAUUGAGCAGAAUAUUCGGACUAACGAAACUCUGCAGCUUGUCCGCCUGGGUAUGUCGAUCCUCGACCGCCUCUUGAGUAACCCUGUGAGCAAGUGCUUUGUCAACAAGGUCCCUUUGGCCCUGACGACCUACCACACGUCCAUCAAGCACCCAAUGGAUCUUACGACGAUUGAGCAGAAACUCUGGAAGGCAUUUGUGGUCCAACAGCAAUCUGUGAGCCAGCCGAUGAACCCAGCACUGCUCAGCACCGCCGACCAUAUCACGUUCACUACUGGCUACUCGAAGCAGGCCGAGUUUGAACAUGAUCUGUGGCAGAUCUAUAAUAAUGCUGUCACUUUCAAUCCUCCAAGCGACAAUAUCAACAAGCAAGCGACGCAAUUCCAGCUCUUAUACAAUGGCCUUCUUAUGGCUCAUCGCGACGGACAGCUCCCUAUCCCAAGAAUGCCCCAAGAGCUGUACCAUACAUCCUUGGUUUCUCUCGAUAGUCCUGGAGCACUCUACCUCUUUCGAGCGCAGACAUUCCGCGAAAUGGAUCGCAAGCUGACAGAUAUGGCGACUGAUUUGUUUGCAAAUUUCCACCAGCCUCUGAUCGAUAUGAUGAACAACCCAGAGCCCAUGUCGUCAGAGAAGCCUCGUUUCGCGAGGAUGUACAUCAACAAGAACAGGAGUCUGUUGGGCAACUGCCGGGAUGACCCUCGUGCUCGUUUGGCGAUCCUGAGUGACCUUAGAGUUAGCAAGCCCUUCAACGACCCGGCCGGUGGCCCCAAUCCCAUCAAAGUGGUCCAUAUCAAGGCUCGCGUCAUGCUCGGCAAACCCAUUGGUGAGCGCCAUGACAUGAUCACGGUGGGUGAUCUGGACUGCCCCUGUGCCUGGAUUGUCUUUGCGGGCAUAAAAACUCUCGAUCUGGAUAUCAAUGUUCCGACUAGGUUCGAGAAGCGCAUGUUGAGCAGGAUCCGACACGAUGUGAGUCCAUUCGUAGACACUACGUUGACCACAGAGCAAGAAAGGGGGUUUUUGGAAGCCCUUGGCUUCCGGCGCACCACUGCGCACGGUGACGAACCCGCUCCAUCUGAGAGCGCUGCCGCCCUGGCACCGCCACAAACUUCCUCGAACCCGCCAGCGGUCCCCCCAACUCAACUUCCAGCACCGACAUCAAAGCAAUCCUCUCCUUCAAUAUCCACCGCAAUAGCGACGAGGCCUAUGGCCGACCGCGUCGAGCCAAACGCUUGGCCCUCGCUUCCUUCACCAAUAUUACCCUCGUCAACACCACCAUCAUCUACAGCAGCGUCCCCACCAACAUCCACACCAAUGCCAACACUGGCAAAAUUGGCAGCGACCCCGAUUAACCCUGGGGUUCUACCUGAAAAAUCGGGAUCUCAAGAGUUGAAGCGACCUUUUGAAGAAUCUAUCUCUGAAAGUCAGCACGGCGCUACAGAUAUGCGGCAUAUGGCCAAGCGUAGCCCUUCAUUGAUCGCGAACGAACGGAAUGCCGCCGCCGUUGCCGCAGCAGCAGCAGCUACCUCCGCCAUGCGGUUAAAUCUCAAGCUCGCUUCAAGCCAUCAAGCCAUUCAGCCCAAUCACAUUAUCCGCCAAGUACCACACCCUUCGCCCGCUCCAGUUCAACCAGUCCCUCUCGCGCCACCAACCGUGGCGAGGCCAUUCGACCCAGCACCAGCGCCAGUCACGAUCGCCCAGGCCUCCCAGAAAUCAACUGCGUCGACUGGCCAGACUGCGAUCAGAGACUCGCCUCUCAUAUCUCCUCUUGUAACGACGGCGAUGAAGUCAGUACCGAUGAUCAUGUCAACGCCAACGUCAACACUAGCUACGCCAUCCACGACAGGACAGGGUAACGAAUUCGAACAAGGAAAUCUGCUGACGACAGGCGCCGGAUCUUCAAGGGCGCUUACCGACCGCGAAGAGCAGAUGUUGCGGGAUAUCAAGGUGACUGCACAGGAAAAGCAAGUGCCAUACACCAGCUGGAAUGCCAUCGAGCCGACAUUGAUCGCUGACUCUGCUCAGGGGUUGUUCAAGAGGAUCUAUCAUGUCCAAGGCGAAGAAGGUCUUGUGAUUCAAAACUUUAAGGAGAUGGACACCGAGUCAUUCGAGCAGCGUGUCCGUGAAGUGGCCUGUUUGCUCAAGCUGCGCGGAUUGGAAGGCGUUGGUCAGAUCCAGUCGAUCAUCGAUGACGACGAAGACCAUCUCGUCGGUCUCUCCAUGACCAAGUACGCAUACACACUCAAGGCUUAUGCGACGAACGCAAGACGCCACCCUAGUCCAUGCCAAAAACUGUCACUCAUUCGGGAUAUGGUCGCGGCAUUGAGCUCGAUCCACGGAGCUGGCCUGGCGCAUCGUGAUCUGAGCGAAGUCAACAUUAUGGUUGACGAGGAUCCACUUUUGAAGUUGGAGGACAACACCCCUCGUCCAUGGGUUCGAGUGAUUGAUUUUGGCAAGUCUGUUUUCGUUGAACCUGAGGAAGUCAAGCGUUGGAGCAUGAAGGAUCACGUUCCCGACGAAGAGUUGGCACUUCUUCCUCUAGUUGUCCUCCCGCCAGACCACGGCUACAAGCUAUACAGAUCGAUUCUGACGCUUCCUCGAUCUAAACAGGACCAUACCCCGCUCCCACCAGUUGACCCGCGUUCAGAGGACGUAUACUCGUUGGGAGUUUUGAUCUGGAGAACUUUCAGUGGCAAGUCGCCCUGGAAUGGAGCCAUUGAAGAUGACAUCAAGACGAUCCGUUACCUUAUUUCAACCGACGAGCAGAUCAAGUUUCAGCUGGAGCGCGAGGUCACUGGACAACGAUCGCGCGAGCUCUUGCUUCGUUGUCUGACGGCAGAAGCCAGCACUCGUUCUACGAUUCAUCAGCUGCGAGAUUGGCUGGAGCAGCCCGAGAUCUUGGCCGAGCUCCUCAGGGAGUUUGAGACUCUUGGAGGCGGCCGAAAGAAAGUGCGCAAGAUCCUGGAUUAA